AUGUCGGUUGCCGGAGAAGCAUGGUGGGAAAAUGAUGAUCUACAUCUUGCCCACACAUACGAGAAUUGGGGCCAAGACCUACUAGAUGACACUUGGUAUUCUGAGGAAGUGGAUCAUAUGACUAGAAGCGGGCGGUACUUCAAGCCCCCGUACUUAGACCAAUUAGAAGCAUUCGGAAAGGAUAAGGAGGCUGAAAAACAGAAGGACAAGCAAUUGGAAAAAGAAGAUGUACUGAAGCAGCUAAAGAAGAUCCAAGCAAACAUAUCCAUUUGGGGGUUGCUCAUGGCUUCGCAAGUACACAGGCAAGCCACCCUAUCAGCAAUGGAUAAGGUUAAGUUGUCUAUCGACACAACUCCUGAACAACUAGUGGGACUUGUCUUCCCAGGAGGUGCUACACCUACUUUGACCUUUUCGGAUAAAGAAUUACCUUCCGAAGGCUUUGCACAUAACAAACCGUUGUACAUCUCAGUUGAGUGUAAAGAAAAGUGGGUGUCGGUUAUAUUUGUUGACACUGGGUCUGCAAUCAAUGUUUGUCCGUCGCGCACAGCCUAUGCUAUUGGCUUGAAGCCAACGAACUUUGUACGUACAGCCCAGAUGAUCCGGGUGUACAACAACACAAGCACAGAGGUGAUGGGGAUAGUUCAAAUCAAAACACAGGUUGGCCCGGCACAACAAGAUAUUGAGUUUCACAUCCUGGAUGUUCCAGCCACUUUUAAUUUACUCCUUGGACGGCCGUGGCAGCACCAAGUGAAAACUGUCUAUUCCACUCUUCAUCAGAUGCUGAAGUACCCUCUUGGAAAUGGGGUAAUCAUUGUGUUUGGAAAUUCAUCUAUACAUCCUUUGUCUGAGGUCACCACACCAGUACUGGAGAUUAUACACAGCGAUAAGGAUGAUUUCAUGUCUGGGUUUACCUUGGCUAAGGCUCAGUAUGUCCCUCGUAAGUCUGUCAAGGGGAAAGCGGUAGCAGAGUUUCUGGCAGAUUACCUAAUAGAAGAGGACGAAGUAGUAGAAUACCUAUUCCCAGAUGAAGCUAUCCUACAAGUCGAGGAAGAAACCUGGACAAUGUACUUUGACGAAGCGUCUAACCAGUACGGUUGUGGGAUAGGGUAUUGCUGA